AUGGAGCAGCUGGGGGUGGAGCCCGCGGAGGAAGCUGGACGCUACGAGGAAGAGGACGCCGCUCAGGCCAUGGAGCGGGUGGAGGCGGGGGAGGCAGACUGCUCGCCUGGUGCGCCCGGGCCUGAGGAGCCCGGCGGCCUCACUUGGUUGGUUCCAGAAGGAAGUUCUUCAUCCAGAGUCAUAGUACACGUGGAUCUGGAUUGCUUUUAUGCACAAGUAGAAAUGAUUUCAAAUCCGGAACUGAAGGGCAAACCUUUAGGAGUUCAGCAGAAAUAUUUGGUGGUUACCUGUAACUAUGAAGCUAGGAAACUUGGAGUUAAGAAACUUAUGAAUGUCAGAGAUGCAAAAGAAAAAUGUCCACAGCUGGUAUUAGUUAAUGGAGAAGAUUUGACUCGUUACAGAGAGAUGUCAUAUAAGGUUACAGAGUUGCUGGAAGAAUUUAGUCCAGUUGUUGAGAGACUUGGAUUUGAUGAAAAUUUUGUGGAUCUAACAGAAAUGGUUGAGAAGAGACUACAGCAGCUUCAAAGUGAUGAACUUUCAGCACUGACUGGGUCGGGUCAUGUAUAUAAUAAUCAGUAUAUAAACCUGCAUGACAUCGUGCACAUCAGACUACUUGUUGGAUCUCAGAUUGCAGCAGAGAUGCGGGAAGCCAUGUAUAAUCAACUGGGUCUCACUGGCUGUGCUGGAGUCGCUUCUAAUAAAUUACUGGCAAAAUUAGUUUCUGGUAUUUUUAAACCAAAUCAGCAAACAGUGUUAUUACCUGAAAGUUCUCAAGUUCUCAUUCAGAGCUUGAGCCAUGUAAAGGAAAUGCCUGGUAUUGGCUAUAAAACUGCCAAACGUCUUGAAGCGCUGGGUAUCAGUAGUGUGCUUGAUCUUCAAACCUUUUCACCCAAAAUAUUAGAAAAGGAGUUAGGAAUUUCAGUUGCUCAGCGUAUCCAGAAGCUCAGUUUUGGAGAAGAUAACUCACCUGUGACGCCCUCAGGACCACCUCAGUCCUUUAGUGAGGAAGAUUCAUUUAAAAAAUGUUCAUCAGAAGUCGAAGCUAAAAAUAAGAUUGAAGAACUACUUGCCAGUCUUUUGAACAGAGUAUGCCAAGAUGGAAGGAAGCCACAUACAAUCAGAUUAAUAAUCCGUCGGUAUUCAUCUGAGAAUCACUGUAGCCGUGAGAGUCGUCAGUGCCCUAUUCCAUCUCAUGUGAUUCAGAAGUUAGGGACAGGAAAUUGCGAUGUGAUGACCCCAAUGGUUGAUAUACUUAUGAAACUUUUUCGAAAUAUGGUGAAUGUGAAGAUGCCGUUUCAUCUUACCCUUUUAAGUGUGUGCCUCUGCAACCUUAAAGCAUUAAAUACUGCUAAGAAAGGAACUAUUGAUUAUUAUUUAACACCAUCAUUAUCAACAACUUCACGGUCUGGCAAGCGCAGUUUUAAAAUGAAAGACAGUCAUAUGGAGGAUUUUUCCAAAGACAAAGAAACAAAUUGGGAUUUUCUACCAUCUGGAAGAAUUGAAAGUACAAGAACUGGGGAGGCUCCACUAGAUACUCAUUUUUCUAAAGACAAAGACAGUGAUGAAUUCCCACUCUGCUCACUUCCUGAAGGUAUUGACCAAGAAGUCUUUAAGCAGCUUCCAGUAGAUAUUCAAGAAGAAAUCCUUUCUGGAAAAUCUGGAGAAAAAGUUCAAGGCAAAGGAAGUUUGAGUUGUCCAUUACAUGCCUCUAGGGGAGUAUUAUCUUUCUUUACUACAAAACAAAUGCAAGAUAGUCCCUUAAAUCCUACAGAUCAUUUAUCCAAUAGUAAACAGAUAUCAUCUGUGUCUCCCUGUGAACCAGGAACAUCAGGUUUAAAUAGCGGUAGUUCCUCUUCUCCGUCUAGCCAAAAGGAUUAUUCACAUUAUGUAGACAGUAGAUUAAAAGAUGAACGAAUGAAUCAAGGACCUAAACAAUCUCAAGGAUUUCAUUUUUCAAAUACAAACCCUGCCGUAUCUGUUUUCCAUUCAUUUCCAAAUUUGCAGAGUGAGCGACUGUUCUCCAAAAACCGCACUACAGAUAGCCAUAAGGAAUCAACAGUGACAGUCUCUCAUCAUGAAAGACUUACAGAAAAUAAAGAGCAAGAUUCUAGUGAUGAGAAAAUUACUUUUCCUUCUGACAUUGAUCCUGAAGUUUUCUAUGAACUACCAGAAGAGGUACAAAAAGAGCUGUUGGCCGACUGGAAGAGAGCAGGGUCAGAUUUGCCCACUGUGCAGAAAUAAGCAUGUUCAGAAAAAAGGUCUAGAAAGCAAAGGAAAAGCCAUUGUUCUCAGAUUUAGCAGUUUAUUAAGCUCCUCUAAAUUAAACACUAAUAGAUAUUCAAUAAUGUAGAAAUCCAAUAUAAAAUGUUCUCGAUAAAAGCAAGUGUAGUUAGGGGAAGUAAAUUCUGGCACAAAGCAUAAAAAUAUUCAUAACAGAAGAAAUAAUGUAAAAUUAUCUUCUUAUUUCUAAAGCUAUUUUGUAUUGCUUUUCAAUAAAAAGAAUAUCAUGGUUAG